AUGAAGAAGCCGGCAGCUGCAGUCUUGAAGUCCUCCCAGGGCAACAAGCCUGUGAAGAAGGAUGCUGAGCCGAAGAAGGGCACGAAGAGCGGCCCCCUCAACAGCCAGCUGGCUACUUGGGAGAAGGGUGUCUCGUCCGAGGAGUCGGGCAGAGACAAGGGCAAGGGCGAGAAGUGGUCCAAACUGGUUGCCCAAGGCGGCAUCGAGCCCCACAUCAUCGAUUUGUACCAGAAUCCACCAAAGGAUCAGCCGAAGCGGAAGUUUCGUACGGACUUGAUCAACCGCUAUUUCGUUCGCCAGGGGGACGGAAGCUUGUUGGUCAAUGCUUCGGACUCUUGGUUCUCCCAGGCGAAGAGUGUGUAUGAGGAUAGACACAAGACCAACCGCGACAACCUGACCACCAGACUCGUUUUCAUCGGCCGCAACUUUCAGAAUGAUGAAAAGGCAUUUGAAAGAGCUGUUGAAAGUGGCGAGGUCCUCGAGGUUGAGGAGGACGGGGUGAAGUACUACGGGUACAAGCAGAUGAUCAAGUCCGUGAAGAAGGGUGCCAGAGAGAGCAUGGAUUUCAAAGCCGAGAAGCCCAUGUCCAAGAACGAUGUCAAGGCCAUUGCUGACCUCUUUAGUGAGUUGAAGUGGAAGUAUGUGCCCAGCAUUCAGGAUCGCAAGAAGCUCGAUGUGGACGGCAAGCUGCCCGACUCAGCUGAGAAGCUGUUGCAGCAAGCCAUCGCUACACAGGACAAGAUGUGCAAGACGGCCAUGGCGAUGCUGAAGAGCACCCUUGCCAUCCCCGACAACCUGUGCAAGUCCCUCAAGAGUGGUUAUGGCACGGCCCAGAAGCACAUUACGUGGCUCCAGCAUGUGAAGUCUUUCCACGAGCUCCCCGAUUCGCAGACAAAGCUCAAUGUGCAGGUUUUGGACAACUACAUGUACAAUGUCGCGACAGACACGAAGAAGUUCAACGAUGAUAUUCACCAGGUUCAGGGGCUGCAGAAGGCCAAGCAAGCCUAG